GUCACUGAGUCGUACAUAUGUACAGUCGUACAGUAGCCCGGCGUACAUAGCGCGAGUAAAUGAGUAUUUAUCUAAAUAGUAGGCUGCUGCUGCUGAAAUGAAUUUAGACGCUUAAAGUGAUAUGCACAGAAUACAACGAUACUUUCCCUGCACUUAAGCUGUCAUCUCCUUAGUAGUGUUUAUAGCUUUGUAUUAUAUUAAUCGAUUUUAAUAACAUGAAGUUCAACCUGAUGAUAUGAAAACACAAUCAAAAUACCCAUGAAGUGUACUAUACAAUGGUGCCUUUCAGCCAUUCUGUAAUUUAGUUACAACUUCGCAAUUUGGAACUCUUGGGUGAUUGUUGUAUGUAUAGGUACACUGGGUCAUAAUAUUUGGCAGCUAUUAAUGGUGUGACGUUAUAGACAGUGGACUCUGUACGUCUUUGUGCUUCGAAUUUGUGAUAAUACAGACGCCAUUGCUUAUUUGAUUAUCAAUCCAAACAACAACCAUUACCAUGCCUAAAACUGCAAAAAGAACGCCAGCUGUGAAAGCAAAGCGUGUAGUGAUAGCCAUCCCCGAUUUGUACACCAAUUUCUUCGCUAAAAAGGGCGAAGAACGUCUUGAUCUCUUCCGUACUGUCGCUCACGAGUACGCUAUUAAACGUGCCAUGUAUGCUGGAAGCUAUGUACAUGUGACACCCUCGUUUGUAAUCCCGGAUAUGGUCUACGUCGACAAUGAUAAGCGUGCCAAGGCAUUCUUCAAGGUUUCUGAAAACUACGCAUUUGUACACACGCGCAAGGAAUAUAUCGAACCUUGUAACCUCGUAUUCUAUGGACUGGAUUAUACUUCCAAAAUCGGCGAGCCGGAGAAUAGUUUCGAUUUGCUGAUUUCGCAGUAUGCUGGUUUGGUAGGUAGAGCGUGUAAGCCCUAUUUGGCAAGGGGCGGGCUCCUGCUGGCCAAUGAUAGCCAUGGCGACGCUGGUGUUGCAGCGCUGGACAGGGACUACGAAUUAGUGGGUGUUGUCAACCAGAAGUGUGCAGAAAGUAUAGAUGGAGAUGAUGAUGAUACUUCCGUAUCAGAGACAACAGACGAGUGCAAAUCAGUUAGUCAUAGAACAUCGGUUAGUACAGGUGUGAAGGAAAGGAAGUAUGAGAUACUCACGAACAACCUGGAUGAGUACUUUGUGCCCAAAUCUGCGAAGGUGCAAGCGCAGGUGUCGACGGACUACUUGAUUGCACUGGGCAAAGGUGUUCAGUACACGAAGCAGGCACACUUCUAUCUAUUUAAGAAGGUCUGACGGAGUAAGGCUGCUAGGUGGUAUGCAGCAGCCCCAAGGGAUUAGUAUGCACAGGGACGUUGCCAUUACUUCGAUGCAUGCGGUGACAUCAAAGUUAUAACGCGGCUAUGCCGUGAAAAUCUUCGCUAGUUGUGUUACGGCCCGGUAUUUUGUGUGAAUUAAAUUUGUAUUUGAUAGGGGUUAUCAGUGUUGAUACUUUGAUGUCUGUAUGUAUGUAGCCAGUUUGGAUUGUGCGACGACUGUUGAAUGUCUGUCUGGCUUAUAGAAUUUAAACUACUUGGACUUGCACACAUAAAUAUUCAAAGUAACCCUAUAAAGUGCUCGGUUUGAUUAAAAUACCUUAAACACUACUUACACAACACAUAAAUUUUCAAAGUAU